AUGUCGAAAUCUCGUAGUCAGUCAUCUAUCCCAGCAUUUUUGUAGAAAACAUAUGAUAUUCUGGAAGUAUGAAACUUAAAGUUAUAAGAAGAAUCCUUAAUUAUAAGAUAUUGUAGGUUGGAAUGAAGAUGGUUCAGGUUUCCUUGUAAAAAAUGUUAUAGCAUUCUCAGACUAAGUUCUUCCAAUGUAUUUUAAGCAUAGAAAUUUUGCAUCUUUUGUUCGAUAAGUAAAUAAUAAUUAAAAAUUAAAUAGAUGAAUAUGUAUGGAUUUCAUAAAUCAAGAAGUGAUCUUAAAGAAAAUGAAUUUAUUCAUCCACAUUUUAAGAAGGAUUAAAGGUAUUUUUAAUUGUAAAUAAAGAAAUCUUUUGAAAAAAAUAAAAAGAAAGUCAGGUGAACAUAAUGAUGAGUAGUUUGCUAUAAUGGAAUUGAAACCACAUCGAAAUGCUAAUUUACAAGAUGUUUACUAUUAAGUUUAAUUAUUAAAUAGAAAUAAAUUUAAGAAAUAUUAACUAAACAACAAGAACUAGAGAAAGUUUGUAAAAUAUUAAUUGAGUAAAAUAAUAAAAUAUUACAAUGCAAUUAAUAACUUCGAAAUCAAUUGGUUUAAGAAAGGUAUAAGAUAAAGAAUUAAAUUAGAUUUAAUGGUAAAAAGAAGAUUUAGAAAUUAAAAGAUUAUUUUAUAGGAUAAUAACAGAUAGAAAGCCUUCAGGAAGAUCCUCUAUAAGUAUUGAAAUUUAAUAAAGACCUAGAAAAGAUAAUAUACAGCAGCAUAUUAAGCAUUGGAAUCUGAUGAAGACGAUUUCAUAAUACCAAACAAAAAGAAAGUUAAAGAGGAUGAUUCUGAUAGUACUAUUGAAAGAAUGGAAAAUCAGUAUUUCCAUUAACCUUUGAUGUUAACAAAUGCGGAACAUCAGAACAUAUAGGAAAGUAAUGAUGAUGGAAUAAUUCAAUUGUUGGAUGAUCAACAAUUGGAUGAUAUAUACUUUGAUUGA